AUGUCUGAAAAUGACGAUUUUAGUGCCAUGGAAAGGGCCAUAAUUCGAAAGAGUCUGGACGGAUUCAUGGAUGAUUUGUCUGGCACUCCUGUGACCGAGCCUAUGCCACGCGACGACCGUGAUGCAAGGAAGGCCCUGCCUGCUAAAAACAAACACAAGACCAUUGGACUCCUGACCUUGAUGAAGCAUUCCAUAGGGAAGGACUUGACUCACAUCACCAUGCCACUGAUCAUCAAUGAGCCCCUGAGUUUGCUGCAGAGGCUGGCUGAGGGCCUGGAGUACGGCUACCUGCUCAACAAGGCGGAUGCGACUGAUGAUCCGCAUGUCAGGAUGGAGCUGGUGAUGGCGUUUUGUGUCAGCGGCUUGUCAUCGAGUAAAGACAGAACCCUGAAGCCCUUCAACCCUUUGCUGGGGGAAACUUUCCAGUGGGAGAAGUAUGGUAUCAAACUGGUUUCAGAACAGGUUUGUCAUCACCCACCUGUGUCUGCUUUCCACGCCGUGGGCCAGUCCUUCACCCUCUAUGCCAACUUGCAACCCAGCAUCAAGUUCUGGGGCAGGUCCAUUGAGAUCCAGUCCAAGGGCCACAACGUUGUCUUCCUAAACAAGCACAAGGAGCAUUAUUACUGGGAAAGCGUCCCUGUCCUGGUCAAGAACAUUUUCCUGGGCACAACCUACUUGGAGUAUGGAGGCACUUACAAACUGCACAAGCACAACUCCUGCAACCGCGGUUCAGACCCUUCCAUGUCCAAGUCCCGACGGAUCCCAUUUCGGAGGAACAACAGCAAAGGGGCCAAGACUCUGGCCACUUCCGGCGACUCGGAAAAGCGCAUCUUGUUCCGGAUGCGAGCCAGGCCUCCGAAAGCGUCUGACUACUUCAACUACGGCUACUUUACACUCAUGCUGAACGAACUGCGCAUCACCGACGAGCAACAGCAGCAGGACAACAACAAGUUGUGUCCGACUGACUCUAGGUUCCGGCCUGAUAUGCGGCUGCUGGAGCAGGGCAAGGAGGACAAGGGCCAGGAGGAGAAGGACAGGAUCGAAGACAUUCAGAGGGCCAGGAGGAAGCAGAGGGAAGAUGCUGCUGCUGCCACAUCAGGGUCUAAAUCACAGCAGCAGUCUGCCUACAAGCCCAGGUGGUUCGUCUUGAAAAAGGACGAAAUAACCAAAACUGAAAUGUGGGUCUACGACGAGUCUUCGCAUUUCUGGAAAAAGACCUACGAAAAUGUUCCCAACUUGUGGAAGAUACGGGAGCGACACCUUGUGGUUGGGCAGGGUUCCGGACACGGAAUAGGCGUGCAUGAGGUACUUGCCGCCGGGUCCCGCGCUUGGGGAGCACUCGGCUGUGUCGGGGUCGUGUUCGGACCCCCAGGCGUGACCCAACUCGUGGGCUGUGAUGAGGUCAGCCUCCAGACUGGUCAUGAGGCUGCCACGCCGACUGCGGAUGCUGGUCAGGCCGACAUUCAGGGACUGCUGCUGCUGCUGCAACUUGUUGUUAUGCCGCCUGCUGCUCCGUUCAUGGCCACAUAG